UUACGAUAUUGUUUUGAUAAACAGAUCGAACAAAAGUGUUGUGAAAUUCAGGUUGUAAAUUGCCGAUCCUUCAAGAGAUUUUGUAUAUUGACCAUUUGGAAGCGGAAACUGUCUGAACUCAAUCGAAUUCGUCGUUUAUCAUUAAGUCAGCCACAUAACUAAUGGCCGAUACUAACGCAAGCUCUGCAAGUGCCACACCGAUUGACAACGCAAUGGACACCACUGACGAUUCAAGUCAAACGAAAGGAAUCGGCAAAACGCCGGUCUGUCUACUGGUUCUCGGCAUGGCUGGUUCAGGUAAAACUGAAUUCGUCAAAAGACUGUCCAGCUACCAGUACGAACAGCUGAAACCGUACACAAUAAACUUGGAUCCGGCCUGCAAAGAAACGCCGUAUCAUGCACACAUUGACAUCCGCGAUACAGUCAACUACAAAGAAGUCAUGAAACAGUACAAAUUGGGUCCGAACGGUGGCAUUGUGACGGCUUUGAAUUUGUUCUCAACGAAAUUCGGCACCGUGGUCGACCUGAUCGAAAAAGCCGGAAAGGAAUACAAAUUCUGUGUGAUUGACACGCCCGGCCAAAUUGAAGUGUUCACAUGGUCAGCGUCAGGUACCAUAAUUACCGAAGGUCUAGCUACAUCAUUCCCGACAAUAAUCGUUUACGUCAUGGAUGUGGUGCGUUCGGCGAAUCCUACAACUUUCAUGUCAAACAUGCUCUACGCCUGUUCGAUAUUGUACAAAUCGCGGCUACCGUUCAUCGUCGUCAUUAACAAGAUCGACGUCCAGGACCAUCUGUUCGCCAUGGACUGGAUGAUGGACUUUGAAUCGUUCCAAGAGGCCUUGGAGAAGGAAACGACCUACGUAUCGAAUCUGUCCAGAACCAUGUCGCUGACUCUCGACGAAUUCUACAAGGAUUUGAAAUGUUGCGGAGUUUCGGCCAAAACGGGUAGUGGCAUUGCGGAUUUCUAUGAUUUAGUUGCCAAGGGCGUUGUGGAAUAUGAACAGGACUACAAACAGGAAUACGAAAAAUUGAAGGCCGAAAAACUGCUGGACACGUUAAAGAAAACCGAGGAACGAUUGUCAAAGAUUCAAAUGCAAGGUCUCGGCAGCGCGGUCGAACUGAAUAGCUUGGUGACAGAAAACCCGAGCAAACGAAACACGGGCGAGAUUUGGCUGAAACAUCCGGGUAACGAAAGUUCAGAGGAUGAAGAGGGUACAGAAGAGGAAUUGCGUAAGGGUGACGAUGAAAUGGAGGAGUCGGAUUUCAAAAGUUUCGUGGAUAAGCGACACGAAGUGCAGAUGCAGAAAGAGAAAAAUAAUCGAAAAUAAAAUCGAGAUUUCGCGGACGAAA